AUGUAUAACUUAUGUGGAUCCUUGCUUGACAGAUGGUAUAAUGUUAAAUUUAAUUUGAUUUAAUAUGUUUAUGACAUAGAUAAAUAGAUAAGAUAAAAUGACAAAGUCAUACAUAUAUUGAACGAAACUAUAAAAAACGAUGUAGGCAUAGAAGUAAGGAAUCCUUCAUUUAUUUUAAAGUAAAGAAUAGAAAAAUUGAAAAGGAUUUGUUCUUCGAUCAUUUGGUUUUCUUAUCGGAAAAAAAUACCAUAGUUUUAAAUCAGUUCACUCACAUCGGAUACUGGUUGGGGAUGUAUGAUUAGAGUUGCUUAAAUGGCCCUAGCUUAAGUUAUAAGGCAUUAUCAUUCUUUUACUUAGCCAGAAUAAUUGAUAGUUUUAAUUAGACAUUUCUUAGAUGAUGAUGAUGAUGAAUUGAUCAAUUUUAUAAAGUAAGAUCAAAAGAACUAAGUCCAAUAUUAUCAUGCUCCAUUUUCUAUUCAAAAAAUUGUCUAUCAUGCAAAAGUUGAAUUUAAGAAAGAGCCUGGAGAUUGGUAUAAACCGAAUGAAAUACUUGAAACUUUAAACUACUUGUUCAAAUACUCUUAAUACUCCUUAAACAUGUAAAUCUAUAUCAAUUAUUAAUGCGCCUUCAUUCUAUAGGAUGCAAUAAAACAAAUGUUUAAUUAUGAUAAAGGCAAUUAAGAAUGGUUAAAAGAAUGUAUAAAAAACAAUAAUCAAUUCAUAUCAUAACAUGAUAAAGGCAUUGCUAUUUUUCUUCCUGCUCGAAUUGGCCUUCAAAGGGUUAAUUAGGAUUAUUUGGAAGUCUUGAAUAUUCUAAUGACUUUGCCUUACUUUUAAGGUAUUAUUGGAGGAGUUACGAAUAGAGCCUUCUAUAUUGUAGGAAGAAUUCAAGAUUAUCUUAUAUACUUAGAUCCUCAUUUUGUCUAAAACGCUUAGAAUUUUGAAGAUCUUUCAAAAACCUAAGCAUCUUACACAUGUUAAAAUAUCUAAUUAAUACACAAUAAAAGUAUUGAUCCAUCUAUCGUUGUCUGCCUAUGUGUUCGAAAUGGACUUGAAUUGUUGGACUUAUGGCAUUCUCUUAAUCAUAUGAAAUAAGAAUUCUAAGAAUUUUUUUUUAUUUCAAUUUUGGAUACAAAUGUUGAAUUACAAAUAUCUGAAUCUUUUCAAUACUUAGAUGAAAAUCAUGAAUUAGUAAAUAUUCUAAAAUGA